GGAUAUAUAAGAUCAUUACGAGAACAUAAUUCCCUGUUAUCUCUUCUGCAUUCUGUGACUGCGAGAGAGAUGGAGAGUAUUCACUCCAACGCAUCGCGCAGCAGCAUCACUUGAUCGCGCAGCUCCCCUCGGAUGAUGUGGUAUGCCGGCGUGGCCAUCGCCUCCGUUUACGGGGCCAUCAGCGUUUUGGGACUCAUCGGCAACAUCACGCUCAUCAGGACGUUUUGCUCGGCCAAAUCUAUCCGCAAUGUUCCCAAUCUGUUCAUGUCGAGCCUUGCGCUGGGGGACGUUUUGCUGCUGGUGACAUGCGCUCCGGUGGACGCCAGCCGCUACCUUUCAGACGAGUGGCUGUUCGGGAGAGUGGGCUGUAAGGUCAUCCCCUUCAUUCAGCUCACCUCUGUUGGGGUGUCCGUGUUCACCCUCACGGCCCUCUCUGCCGACAGGUACAGGGCCAUCGUGAAACCCCUUGAUCUUCAGAAAUCGACCACCACAGCCAGCAUUGUCCUGCGAGCGGCGUUCAUCUGGGUCUUCUCCCUCAUCUUGGCAAUCCCCGAGGCCGUGUACUCGGACCUCCACGCCUUCAACGUGACCUCUACAAACGAGAGCUUUGUCACUUGCGCCCCCUACCCCCACGCUGGGAAACUGCACCCUCAGAUCCACUCCAUGGCCUCCUUCCUCAUUUUUUACGUGAUCCCCCUGUUGGUGAUAAGCGUGUACUACACCUUUAUCGCCCGCAGCCUUUUCAAGAGUGCGUCCAGCCUUCCCAUGGAGGGGAACGUCCAUGCACGACGACAGGUUGAAUCCAGAAAGCGCUUGGCCAAGACGGUUCUGGUGUUCGUUGGUCUCUUUGCUGUGUGCUGGCUGCCCAGUCACGUCAUCUACUUAUACCGCUCCUAUCACUACUCCCAGGUGGACACGUCUCUGGGUCACUUUGUGUUCAGCAUUGUUGCUCGGAUUCUGGCCUUCACUAACUCCUGCAUGAACCCGUUUGCCCUUUACCUGCUGAGCAAAAGCUUCAAGAAGCAGUUCAACCAGCAGCUGUGCUGCUGCUGUCAUGUCACGUUCAAACACUCCCCACAGAGCCCAACACAUUAUAACACACGCAUGACUUCAGUCCACAGCACACAUCACUCUGUGGCAAGCCUGACGAUGAUCAAUGGCAGGCAGCUCUGCCAGGAGGACUACGUAUAAAAGUGUUUGUGAGAGAGAGGGUCGUCAAUUUGGGAUCUUUUUCUCCACAUGAAAAGCGAAACGCAUGUAGAAAAUCUAGACUUUAAAAACACUACAGAGAGUUCUGUGGUGAUGUUUUUGUGUAAAAUGUUCGGUGUAGAAUUGAGAUUGUGCUUGUGAAAUAACGUCAGAGCUGUUUACAUUUUUUCAGAUUUUUUUUUUUUACACUUUUAAAGUUUCUAGGCUGCAUUUCUGCAUUUGAGAAGAUGGCCUACAAUCUUUUCAUCUUAAGAGUCGUGUACAGUUUUGCAAAUUAUGUGGUUAAUGAUCAAUUUGUGCUUGUAUAUAUCUAUUUAUCAGUUUGUUUUUGAAUGAAUCUUCUGAUGGUCUAUUCCUAAAAUAAUAUAAAA